AUGCCGACGCUCGUGCUGACUAACUUUAACAUUGUUGUCAGUGUUUUGGGAGGAUGGGUGUCCCUGUUUGGGCUGGUGUCGUACCUGUGCAAGGAGAACUUUUACCUGUCGGAGGCAUUGAUCUCUCUGCUGGCGGGGGUGGCGUUCUCGCCGUCGGCAGCCAACUUUGUACGGCCGCUGCAGUACGCCGGCUCGCAGGCCAACCUUGACGCGGUCACGCUGCACUUCUCGCGGCUGGUUUUGGGCGUGCAGCUGGUGCUGGCGGGGGUGCAGCUGCCGAGCCGGUACCUGAAGAAGCAGUGGCGACCGCUGCUGCUGCUGCUGGGGCCGGUGAUGACGGGCAUGUGGCUGGUGGCCGGGCUGCUGGUGUGGGCACUGGUGACGCCGCGGAUGCCGUUUCUGCACGCGCUGGCCAUUGGCGCCUGUGUCGCGCCGACGGAUCCGGUGCUGUCGAACGUGGUGGUCAAGGGCCGCUUUGCUGACCAGAACGUGCCGGUGGAGCUGCAGCGCAUCAUCAUUGCGGAGUCGGGGGCCAACGACGGCCUGGGCUACCCGUUUCUGUUUCUGGCGCUGUACCUGAUUCAGUACACGGGGGCUUCUGGAGAGUCUGGGGGUGCGGCUAGAACCAUGGGCCUCUGGUUCGGCGAGACCUGGGGCUACACGAUCCUGCUGAGCGUGGCGUACGGCAGCCUGGUCGGCUACGUGGCCAAGGAGCUGUUGCACUGGGCGGAGGAGCGGCACUACUGCGACCGCGAGAGCUUUCUCGUCUUUGCCAUCUCGCUGGCACUCUUCACCACCGGAACCUGCGGCCUCCUCGGCAGCGACGACGUGCUGGCCUGCUUCGUCGCCGGCAAUGUCUUUACCUGGGACGACUGGUUCCGCCUCGAGACCCAGGACGACACGCUGCAGCCGACGAUCGACAUGCUGCUUAAUGUCGCCAUCUUCAUGUGGCUCGGCGCCGUCUGUCCCUGGUCGCUGUUCGCUCACGGACCGGUGCCGUUGUACCGCCUCGUCCUGCUCGGCAUCCUGGUGUUGCUGCUGCGCCGCCUGCCCUGGGUCCUGGCUCUGCACCGCUACGUCCCGCAGAUCGAGCACCUCCGACACGCCGUCUUUGUCGGCUUUUUCGGCCCCGUCGGCGUCUCGGCCAUUUUUUAUCUGUACGUCACCCUUGAGUUUGUCGACGGCCUUUCGUCGACCGACCGACCGCGGCCCGACGUCGCCCGGCUCGGCGACACUGCCACCGUCGUGGUCUGGUUUCUCAGCAUCUGCAGCAUCGUCGUGCACGGGCUCAGCAUCCCCGUCGGCAAGCUGGGCCUCUACCUGCCGCGCACCCUCAGCCGCAGCUUGCCGUCGUCGACCUCGGCCGGCCGCACUACCGGCCUCUCCUCUGGCACCGACAACGGCCUCCCGCCCUUCCACAUCGGUAGCCGCGUGAGCACGCUGGUGCUGCGCCGCAGCCACAACGCACGACGCAACCAGGACCAGCCAUCCGCGCCGACACAGCCCGCCACGGCCGCCGACCGGACUGAUGUGCAAAUCGUCCUCAGUGACCCGGACGGCGAGCACAACACCACCAACAUCAACAUCAACACUGCAGCGCGUCCUGUCUAUCGCAUUGGCGGCUCCAUUAUUCCGAGCCGUGUCGCCACGGACGGUGGCGAGGCAGCCAUCGCGUUUACCCCGAGCGGGCCGUCUACGCUUUUCAACCGCACGAUCCGCUUUCCUGACGAACCGCUGUCGUCCUAG